AUGGCCGAUAUCCAAGAGUACACCCUCAAGGAGGUCACAGAGCACAACACCGAGAACGACCUCUGGAUUAUCAUUGAUGGCAAUGUAUAUGAUGUUACAAAAUACACUCUGGAUCAUCCUGGCGGUGUAGAAUCAUUGGUCGAGGUAGCUGGACAAGAUGCUACCACAGCGUUCGAAGACGUCGGCCAUUCCGAUGAGGCCAGAGAGGUCAUGGCUCCCUUCAUAGUUGGGAGGUUGGCAGGAUUCACCAAGACAACUCGCAAGCAGGCUGUACAGAUUGUCCGCAGAGAGCCAGUACCCAGCCAAAGCAACCUUCCCAGCGCAAAGACCCUAGGCACAAUCGGAGCCGCAGGCCUGCUUGCUGGUACAGCUUCUGCAAUCGCAUACAAACUGCACGGUCGCAUCCACAUUCCUGGAGCUCACAAGUAUCUACACAAGCUCAACUUCUUACAAUCUGACAAUGGCUUCCUCAAGGGCUUCCUAAUGGCUAGCGUCUUUUCUGCAGCCUUCGGUGCAGGUUUCGCAAACUACAUUUCGAAAAUCACAACUAUUCCUGGAGGAUUUGGAAGGAGCCCAAUGUACAAGCGAGUUCCCAAGUUACCGCUCAGACAUUAUGUCGGCUUCCUUAAAAGCACAGAGUUUCAGCCAUUGCCUUUGAGGUCAAAGCAGAUCCUUCGCGGAAGCGGCCUCGUUCGUUUGAGGUUUGAACUCCCUACACCAACGACCAGACUCGGAUUACCUAUUGGUCAGCACGUCGCCAUCCAGGCCAAGAUUGGCGAGCAAACAGUCACACGUUCGUACACGCCGACCUCGAACGACACUGAUCUCGGCGAGCUGGUUCUUCUCAUCCGACUUUACGAUGAAGGCCUCUUAACCGGACGUUACCUCGCCCAGCUUAAGGUCGGCGACGAAGUCCUCUUCCGCGGGCCAAAGGGAGCCAUGAAAUACAAGAAAGGCUACGCUAGAAAGAUUGGCAUGGUGGCUGGUGGCACUGGUAUCACACCGCACUAUCAACUCAUCAGGAGCAUCUGCGAAGACCGGACAGACACCACAGAGGUAUCAUUGGUGUACGCGAACCGCACCGAAGACGAUAUCUUGCUCAGAUCAGAAUUGGAUGCUUGGGCCAAGGCAUACCCCAAGAAUCUGAAGGUGCAUUACAUGCUUGAUAACCCACCCGAGGGUUGGCAAUACGGAAGUGGUUUCGUCACAAAGGAUGUUUUGGAACAACACAUGCCUGCUCCCGCCGCAGAUGGAUCUUCCAAGAUCCUUCUCUGUGGACCCCCUGGUAUGAUUAAUGCCACGAAGAAGAACUUGGUCGAGCUGGGCUGGAAGAAGCCUGGUUCUGUCGGCAAGAUGACCGACGAUAUCUUUACAUUUUGA